AUGCAUGUCUCAUCUGACUUAGUGCUGGUCCAUAUAGAAGAUGACAACCUACUAUUACUAUCAUUACUCUUAAGAGGACACAGUGCUAUUAGCAAAGGUGUUAUAGCAGUGGUGGUCAACCUGUGGCCCUUCAGGUUUGUAUGUGUUGGAGGAAGCCCUUCACGGAUGAAAGCUUUUAUCACUUACAUAGCUGAAGAGCUUGGACUUGGGAGCGUCGGCACUGACUAUCCCAACAUCUGUGCAGGAACUGACCGUUACGCGAUGUACAAAGUAGGACCCGUGUUAUCAGUCAGUCAUGGUAUGGGCAUUCCCUCUAUUGCAAUCAUGUUACAUGAGCUAAUCAAGCUGCUGUAUCACUCCAAGUGUUCCAACGUAACCAUUAUUCGCAUUGGCACCUCUGGUGGAAUAGGUCUGGAGCCAGGCUCAGUGGUAAUAACCAGUCAAUCAGUAGAUGCUACCUUCAAGCCUCAAUUUGAACAGGUUAUCCUGGGAAAGACUGUAAUUCGCAGUACCAACCUAGAUGACCAACUAGCUAAGGAACUGAUGCAGUGCAGUAAGGAGAUAAAUGAAUUCAAUACAGUAAUUGGAAAUACAAUGUGCACUUUGGAUUUCUAUGAAGGCCAAGCCCGUCUGGAUGGUGCAAUCUGCUUAUAUACUGAAGAAGAGAAAUUGCAGUAUUUGAAGGCAGCUUAUGAUGCUGGAGUCCGAAACAUUGAGAUGGAAUCUUCAGUUUUUGCUGCUAUUUGUAAUCUUAGUGGUGUCAGAGCUGCUGUGGUGUGUGUCACACUUCUGAAUCGACUUGAAGGGGAUCAGAUUAGCAGCUCACAUGAUGUGCUUGUGGAGUAUCAGCAGAGACCGCAGAAAUUAGUGGGACACUUCAUUAAGAAGUGCCUUGGGAAAGUGUGA